AUGGUGUCACAUAAUAAUGUAUUACCAAAUGUUCACCUUCAUAAAUGGUGGCAAAGAUAUGUUAGAGUCGACUUUAACAAAAAUAUAAAAAGAAAAAAAAGAAGAUUAUUGAGAGAAAAAAGAAGAAAAGAAAAUGGAUCUACACCUAUUGAAAAAUUACAUCCAUUAGUUCAUUGCCCUACCCAAAGAUACAAUUUUAAAAUCAGAUUAGGAAAAGGAUUUAGUCUUGACGAAAUAAAAGCGGUAAAUUUAACACCCAGUGCAGCCAGAAGCAUAGGUAUAGUUGUUGACAAAAGACGAAAAAAUAGAUGUGAAGAAUCAUUAAAAAGAAAUGCUGAAAGAUUACAAAAAUACUUAAAUAGUUUAGUUAUGAUUCCAUUAAAAAAAGAUAAACCAAAGAAUGGUAUUGGAGGUAUACCCGCUGAUGCCACUAAAGAAGUUAUAGAACAACAUAAAGAAACAAAACAAUUACGUAGUAUAUUUAAGAAGGGAUCUAAUGUUAAACCAUUCUAUGAAUCAAUAGAUGUUUCGAAAAUAGAUAAAUCUUACUUAGCAUAUAAAACUCUAAGAAAAGCUAAAUCAGAAGAAAGAAGAAAAAAUAGACAACAACAAAGAAAAGAUAUUAAACGUAAAUCUAAGGAUAAUUAA